CCUGCCAGCAGGUCUGGGGGCGGGACCUGAGUCGGUCCCUCCGGCCUACAGGCUCCACCGCUUCUCCGCUGUCCACCUCAGCUUCCUGCCACCCUCCUGUCUCCAGCAUGCCUGGUCCGACCCCCAGUGGCACUAACGUGGGCUCCUCAGGGCGCUCUCCCAGCAAAGCAGUGGCCGCCCGGGCGGCGGGAUCCACAGUCCGGCAGAGGAAAAAUGCCAGCUGUGGAACGAGGAGCACAGGCCGCACGACCUCAGCAGGCACUGGGGGGAUGUGGCGAUUCUACACAGAAGAUUCACCGGGGCUCAAAGUUGGCCCUGUUCCAGUAUUGGUUAUGAGUCUUCUGUUCAUCGCUUCUGUAUUUAUGUUGCACAUUUGGGGCAAGUACACUCGUUCAUAGAUUCGGCUACAUCCAUCUGUCUGUCAUCUGAAGAAGAAAGGAAAAAAAACCAACAUAUCUUGGACCAAAAGCAUAGUGAUUUUCUGUUCAUGAGAAAGAAAUUUUCUGUAAGCUUACUGUUUUACAGGGAACUUAAUGAAAAUUGAUUUUAAGGAAUCAUUUUUUUUUCUGUGGCUAAUAAACUUUUAAAUUCAUA